CAAAGGGGUCUUAGUCUCUUAGAUAACGGAUAUUCCUCCAAGUCACAGUCUCCAUCUUCUACACUUCUCUCUUCUUGUACUAUAACUAAGUUCAUAUUGUCUCUCUGUUUCUCACUCUUAACACAAGUAUUUGUUUCACCUGUUGAGAAAAUUAUGGGGGAGAGAUCUACUGUUUCUAAUGUGCACACAUUUCCUGCUGUUCUCUUCUGUUUCACAUUAUUAUCCUUUGCUUGUUUAGUAGUUUCAUCAACCAGAUUGCCCAAGAAUGAAUUCGUUGAUGCUGAAAUCUAUAGAAGGAAUUUACUGUCUAAUGGACUGGGCAUGAAUCCACCCAUGGGAUGGAACAGCUGGAAUCAUUUUGGCUGCAAGAUUGAUGAGAAAAUGAUCAGAGAAACUGCUGAUGCACUGGUUUCAACUGGUCUUUCCAAACUGGGAUAUCAUUACGUUAACAUAGAUGAUUGUUGGGCUGAGUUAGACCGGGACGACAAGAAUAAUCUAGUACCGAAGAAGUCGACUUUCCCCUCUGGGAUUAAAGCUCUUGCAGAUUAUGUUCAUAGCAAAGGACUUAAACUGGGAAUCUAUUCAGAUGCAGGGUAUCUUACAUGUAGUAGUACCAUGCCAGGAUCGCUUGGUUACGAAGAACAAGAUGCCAAAACCUUUGCCUCAUGGGGAAUUGACUAUUUGAAGUAUGAUAACUGCAACAAUGACGGCUCCAAACCAACUGUAAGGUAUCCGGUAAUGACACGGGCUCUGAUGAAGGCGGGUCGCCCGAUAUUCUAUUCUCUAUGUGAAUGGGGUGAUAUGCAUCCAGCUCUAUGGGGUGCUAAGGUAGGAAAUAGCUGGAGAACUACUGGUGACAUUUCUGAUACUUGGGAUAGUAUGCUUUCUAGAGCCGACUUCAAUGAAUUCUACGCAGAAUUUGCAAGGCCUGGUGGUUGGAAUGAUCCAGACAUGCUUGAAGUAGGAAAUGGAGGUAUGACAAAAGACGAGUAUAUAGUACAUUUCAGUUUAUGGGCUAUUUCGAAGGCACCUUUACUCAUCGGUUGUGAUGUUCGAAACGCAACCAAAGAAACCAUGGAAAUCAUUGGCAACAAGGAGGUUAUUGCCGUCAACCAAGACUCACUUGGGGUUCAGGCAAAGAAGGUUAGAAUGGAGGGCGACCUUGAGGUCUGGGCUGGACAGCUUUCGGGGUACAGAAUGGCUGUUCUUCUAGUUAACAGAAGUGCUAGGCGCUCUUCAAUUACUGCCCAUUGGGACGAUAUUGGUAUUCCUGCUGGCAGUGUAGUCAAGGCCAGAGAUCUUUGGGAGCAUGAGACCCUGAAGAAGCUAUUCGUUGGAAAUCUGACUGCUACCAUGAAUUCUCAUACAUGCAAGAUGUAUGUGUUGACGCCUGUUUGUUGAGUUUAAUAACACUUUAAGCAAAUAUAUGUGAAGAUCCGAGCUGUGUGAGAGGAGUUCCGCAUAAUGUCUAAAUGCUGUUGAACAUCUGGAUAUUGUGCUACUAGAGAUUAUAAAAACAAAGCUUUAACUACAAGAGAAAUAGAAAUGGUAAUGAUUUCUCUUGAACCAAAAGACUUACCAGCAGAGUU